UACGGGGGCAUUGGGGCACAGUGGCAAAUUGCUAUCUAGUAACAUUGCAAAAAGAAGUGGUUCACUUACACAAAAAAANGUAGCAUUUAAUAUAUAAUGAGCAGUAUGUUUCAGCUUGUUCAUAAAUUUCUCCUGUCUAAUGGUAAGUUCUAAAACAAGUCAUAGUGAACUUUUUCAUGAUUUUGGUCCCUAAAUCAUAAACUUUUUUUUUGUCUUGUGUAUCUUGAUUUUUCUGUGUGCUUUAUAGUGAAGCAGCCGACACGAGUCGCUUGUUCAUAAAACAUCUUUUGAAAAGUUGAGAGCACAACCCCUGGAGAACCGACUGUGCUUGCUUACGUUUGGUUCAUGACUAAAAAAUCGAGUACAGGAGUCAUUCCUGAUGAGGCUAAGGCUUUGUCUCUCUUGGCACCGGCUAACGCUGUGGCAGGUUUGCUGCCUGGAGCAGGACUUUUACCCACACCAAAUCCACUGACAUCAGGAUUUGUCUUUUUUAACCAGCUGGCCGGUGUGCCUUUGGCUGCUACACUGGGAAAUGUUAAUCCUGGGCUCGACCCUACCCUUGCUGCUCUCGGACUGCCAGGAUCCAACUUGAAUUCACAGGUUACAGCGGAUCAGCUUCUAAAACUCAUCACUCAAGUUGAUCCAAAGUUAAACCAUGCUGCUGGCACCAUCGUGAGUCCAGCUCUCAAGUCUGACACCUCCUCGAAGGACAUUGAAGAAGCAAUGAAGAGAGUCAAAGAAGCACAGUCACUGAUCUCAGCAGCCAUAGAGACAGACAAAAAGGAGGAGAAAAGGAAGCACUCGAGAUCCAGAUCGCGUUCACGCAGGCGAAGGACUCGGUCCCGAUCAAGACACAGGCGUUCUAGGAGCAGGUCUAGACGUCGUUCACACUCGAAGUCCAGGAGCAGACGGCGAUCACGAAGCCCGAGGCGACGGAGGUCCCGUUCCAGGGAACGGAGGAGAUCCCGAAGCAUAUCCAAACCUAGGGAGAAAAAGAAGGAGGAAAAGAAAAGAUCCAAAACUCCCCCCAAAAGCUACAGCACAACCAGACGCUCCCGGAGCACAAGCAGUUUCCCCAUUGGCUUUGGCAGAGAGCGAAGGCGGAGAAGAAGCCGGAGUAUCUCCAGGUCCCCGAAGAAAUCACGGUCACCAAAGCGUAAACUGUCCCGGUCACCGUCUCCCCGAAGGCACAAGAAAGAAAAGAAGAAGGACAAAGACCGAGACCGGAGCAGGGACGCGGAUGAGAGGGAACGAUCCACUAGCAAAAAGAAGAAGAGCAAAGACAAAGAGCGAGAGAAGGAAAGGGAAAAAAAGGCAGAGAGUGAAAAGGGAGAUGUAAAGGUUACAAGAGAUUAUGAUGAAGAGGAACAAGGCUACGACAGUGAAAAAGAGAGAAAGGAGGAGCGGAGGAGGGGUUCUGACUCGGGGAUGUCACCUAAACUGAAAGAGUUAGCGCAAGGAAGUGAUAAGGCCAACACAGAGAGUGGAAGAGAAUCAAAGGUCAAUGGUGACGACCAUCAUGAGGAAGACAUGGACAUGAGUGAAUAAAUUUAGUAGGAGCUGAUUUAUAUAUUCCUAAUGUCAAGUGAUUCUCUUUUUAGCAGUGCUUUCUCUCUCUCUCUCUCUCUGUCGGGAUUAAAGUGUCGCUCGCCCUUCCUUCUAUUAUAUUUUCUACAGUUACAGAAGGCGGUGGCACUGACAUCUACAUGCCUUGUUUGACACAGUUUGUGUAAGAGGGUGGACAGGCGACUUGGUUCAGGAAUAUCGACAGAGUUUCUGGUAACAUCGGUUUGGUGUGACAGGAAAAGAAGGCUUUUCUGAAAUGUUUAAUGCAGGGAUAUAUAUCCUUUUUUUUGAUAAGAAUAGGAACCUCAGUCGUGUAAUUUGUCUGGAGAAUCCACCAAUACUGAUGUAGAUAGUUAUCUAUCCUCAGCCUUGUGAUCUUAGAGAUUGAGUUAAUGUAGUUCCUGUUUCUUUGGCUUUUCUUAGUUAAGUGGCGUUUUGUCUGCUUUUUGUAUGUAGCUCUACUGGAUAAUGUACUUCAAUAUUCCCUGAUUACUCGUGUUAUCGCCUGCCCACUGCUCUCUCAAACCCCCAGGGCAAGUGCACAAACUGGACUUCACGUACAAAAUAUUGAGGCAAAAUUAGUUUUCUUUUCCUGGAUACUGGCAAGUUACGAAAAUGUCUUUGUCAGUUUGUAGUGGGCUGCAGUAAGUGCCAUGGUCUUGUACAGUUUGACAAUGAAUUUCUGUUUUACAUGUGGACAGCUUUGAUAAUAAAAGCUAUUUUAAAAGCCUUGUUCAGAGGAUUCUGCUUGUUCAUUUUCGUCAAGCUGUUUUUUAGCUAGAUCUCCGCACGCAGAGUGUUGGAUGUUUUGACAAAAAAAAAAGGCCCGAGUUAAAAUGUAAGAGACGUUUUGUGAUACAAGAUUAAUUGUAGAAACUGCUGUGAAAGAUGAAUUGAACAAUUUUCAUGUUUAAAACCAGUUAUAAAUAAAGGUUUUUGUUUUAAUGGA